UUUCUUACUUUCUUCCCCCACACCCUCCAAAAAAAAAAAAAAAAAACUAAGAAAGGAGGGGAGAGGGGAGGGAGCAAGACACCGCACUGCCCCAACCAAGAACAAUUUGAAAACCCACCCCAUCAUACUUAAAAUCUAGGACAAAGAGCCGUCAGGACGGAACUGCUUCGACUGCAAAGCUUGAAGCUUAGCUUGGGAGCGGCCUGACGGUCCGAGCCCAGCAGCUCCAUUCUGCAGAGCGCCCUGGGGUCCCUGAAAUCCGAAACCCCGGCGCAGAACCGGCGGAAACCAGAGCAAAACCCUUGAACUUUUCUGGACAAUUGCUUCCGGGCGUUUCAAGGGAGUCAGGGGACCGGACGGGAGCCCCGGCUGCGAAUGGCGAGCCCCUGAGGUCCUGUGGACACAAGAGAGGCCAGCGCUCCGGCUGCAGCAUGGACCGCGCGGGGAGCCUAGGCGCGGGCCUGCGGGGACUCUGCGUGGCUGCGCUCGUGCUCGUGUGCGCCGGACACGGGGGACGUCGCGAGGACGGGGGACCAGCUUGCUAUGGGGGAUUCGACCUCUACUUCAUCCUGGACAAGUCAGGAAGCGUGCUGCACCACUGGAAUGAAAUCUACUACUUUGUGGAGCAGCUGGCUCACAGAUUCAUCAGCCCACAGCUAAGGAUGUCCUUCAUUGUCUUCUCCACUCGAGGGACAACCUUAAUGAAGCUAACUGAGGACAGGGAACAGAUCCGACAAGGCCUAGAAGAACUGCAGAAAGUUCUGCCAGGAGGAGACACUUACAUGCAUGAAGGAUUUGAAAGGGCCAGCGAGCAGAUUUACUAUGAAAACAGUCAAGGAUACAGGACAGCAAGUGUCAUCAUCGCACUGACGGACGGGGAGCUGCAUGAAGAUCUCUUCUUCUACUCAGAGCGGGAGGCUAACAGAUCCCGGGACCUUGGUGCAAUUGUUUACUGUGUUGGUGUGAAGGAUUUCAAUGAAACUCAGUUGGCUCGGAUUGCAGACAGUAAGGACCAUGUGUUUCCUGUGAAUGACGGCUUCCAGGCCCUUCAAGGCAUAAUCCACUCAAUUUUAAAGAAAUCUUGCAUCGAAAUUCUGGCCGCUGAACCGUCUACCAUAUGCGCAGGAGAGUCUUUUCAAGUGGUCGUAAGAGGAAAUGGCUUCCGGCACGCCCGCAAUGUGGACAGGGUCCUCUGCAGCUUCAAGAUCAAUGACUCGGUCACACUCAAUGAGAAGCCGUUUGCUGUGGAAGACACGUACUUGCUGUGCCCAGCACCCAUCUUAAAAGAAGUUGGCAUGAAAGCUGCACUGCAGGUGAGCAUGAACGAUGGCCUGUCCUUCAUCUCCAGUUCCGUCAUCAUCACCACAACACACUGUUCAGACGGCUCCAUCCUGGCAAUUGCCCUGCUGAUCCUCUUCCUGCUGCUGGCCCUGGCGCUGCUCUGGUGGUUCUGGCCUCUCUGCUGCACAGUGAUCAUCAAGGAGGUCCCACCACCCCCUGUUGAGGAGAGUGAGGAAGAAGAUGAUGAUGGUCUGCCUAAAAAGAAGUGGCCCACGGUAGAUGCCUCUUACUAUGGUGGACGCGGUGUGGGAGGCAUCAAAAGGAUGGAGGUUCGCUGGGGAGAGAAGGGCUCCACGGAGGAAGGGGCUAAGCUGGAAAAGGCAAAGAACGCGAGAGUCAAGAUGCCAGAGCAAGAGUAUGAGUUCCCGGAGCCCCGAAAUCUCAACAACAACAUGCGCAGGCCUUCCUCCCCCCGGAAGUGGUACUCGCCCAUCAAGGGAAAACUCGAUGCCUUGUGGGUUCUGCUAAGGAAGGGAUAUGACCGAGUGUCCGUGAUGAGACCACAGCCGGGAGACACGGGGCGCUGCAUCAACUUUACCAGAGUGAAGAACACUCAGGCCGCCAAGUACCCCCUCAACAACGCCUACCACCCCAGCUCCCCACCUCCUGCUCCUAUCUACACACCCCCACCCCCUGCUCCCCACUGCCCUCCCCCAGCCCCCAGUGCCCCCACUCCUCCCAUCCCCUGCCCACCUUCCACUCUCCCCCCUCCUCCUCAGGCCCCGCCCCCUAACAGGGCACCACCCCCCUCCCGACCUCCUCCAAGACCUUCUGUCUAGAACCCAAAGUCUGUGCUCUGGGCUGCCUGAGAAACUCCAGGAGGAGGUUCCGCUACUGUUAGAAAGAUCUUCCCAGCCCAAGGUGGUGAGUGGUGACUGACCUGGCACGAUUUCAAAGCAAGUCGUGAUGGGCAGAACAAAAUGGGAAACAAAACUGCCUGAAGACAGACAAUGAGACAAUUGCAGUCACAUUUCGAGCCUGUGACCCCUCACCUCUAGAAGAAGGUUCCAGAGAUGGCUACACUGCCAAGAUGCUCUCAACCAGAUCAUGUACCAUGGAGGCCAGGAAGAAAAUAAUUUCUGAGAACGGAAUGCAGCAUUGGAUAAGAAAUAACCUGGUUGUGAUUCUGGAUGCCACCUUUCUCCAUGACUUGACUCCUGACCCUUGGACUGGGAACCAGGCCAUCUUUACCCCUGGGCACUGGCCAGCAACUCUGAAAAGGUGUGGUGUCCCCAGGGUGCAUCAGACUGGUAUUCACCGGGGAUCUGCAGGAUGUCUUGUAUAAGAACACAUGCUCUAUUCUCCUUCCCAAACCCCCCAGUUUCCUGGUGAGGAGGGAAGCAGUCUUGGCGGUGGGAAAGUUGUGUUGCCAUGCUGAGACACUAAUGGAGUCGGUCCUUAACACCGAUCAGCAAUCCUUUAUGGGAGCAUCCAGCUGGUACAUCUAGAGGUGGCUUCAGCCAGGCACAGUCCCUAAACCACCAAGCUCUGUCAUUGUCAGAGGCAACCUGCUAACGAUUUGCCUUACACAUAGAGGUUUGGCUUUGGCAUAGGUCAGAGGUGAUCACAUGAGGUCACAAGGUCCUCCAUCUUCAGUACACCGGAGAUUUCGAGAGACAGUAGUCCUGACCUGAUAAGAAAACUAUUCCCCAUUGAUUCACUCGGAAACAAGCCAUUGUGUGUAGAAGCAGGUGUGUUUCUCCUUGGCCCUUCAAUCUACUCACAAAUAUUAGCGGUUGUUGAAGCACAUUCUGUAUGUAACACAGAAAAGCCCUGCCUGAACUGCCAUCCCAUUCCUCCACAUCUGCCGCCUGACCAGUGAGCCCACUAACCUCACGUAAAUUCUGGGCAUUGUCACCCACCCAUGAAAACAGAGGUCAUUGUCAAAGGCAAUGUGCAGCCCCUCCAAAAUCAUGCUCCUACCCUCAGUUUUCCAUGGGUCCUGAAAUUCCCGUCUCAGGCACCCAAAACUAUAAACUCUUCGCUGGAACAAAAAAUUGAAAAUAAAUAGAAAAUAAAUAGGUUUAGGGACUGUGUCUGUGCUUUAGGCUGCGGUCCACAAAGACCCCUUAAGAACAAGUUAGCCUCCUUCCUUCUGCUUGUUUAGAGCAGAGGCGUCAGAUGCGGCACAUUCUGUAGGUGCCAAUUCCUGUUCCCCAGGCGACAUUUCUAAUUAGCCUCAGGACUACUUCUCAGUUUAGCCCAAUGAUAUUUUGCCACAAUACUUCAAACCGCAGCUCUAAUGGUCUGUCAAUCAUCACUUAGAAUUGACAGAGAUAAACACUAUUUGCAAUCCCCACCUUAAAGAAGCAGAGGAGAAUGGGUGAGCUACCAGCAUGAAAGGUAUUGUCUGGGGAGAAUCGACCUAGGGGUGCCUAAGUCCAUGACCCAUGAGGGCCCAUCCGCGGUGACACUUUUGUACCCCAGACCUCGCCAUGCCCUGCUUUUCAGGACUUAGGGACGCAACCUCCCUUACUCUUACUGAACAAAGCUUCUUUAGUGCAAGUCCCUCAUUAAACAAGGGUGGUGGCAUUGCUGGGCCCCAGACACCCAUUCCCAGGAGAAUGGGCUCCCCAGGCUCACAGCAUGUGGACAAUGAGCCCCCUCCCCCUUGGCUACUGUUUUGACUGCUGGCAGUACAAAACGCCCCCCCCCCACACCACGACUGCACAUUUGUGUGGCCAUAAGAAAGUUUGAACCAAGAUGCUGGCGUUGCUGUUCAACAAAAGUGGGCUCCAGGGAAGGCAGCAGGCCACCCUGUGCCCUGUACAGUUUCCCAAGAGGCCAUAGUAAAGUGUCUGAGGAAUAAGGAAUGUUGGUACAUGGUGAUUCUGAGAAGAAUUUGCAAGGUUUGACCUUAGAAUUGACUCAGUAUGUCUUCCCUGGUCAUUCAGAAUUAUGGUUAGAAGUUUCUAGAAACUGGACAAGGUUACUACCUUUCAUAGUAGGCUACUCUGGGCAGGAAAGUCUACCUGGUUUACAAAGUCCAUCGGUUCUAUGUAGUUCCCUGUAAGCAACAGGAGAUGGUGGUUCUAAUUAGGAAACCGUGUGUGUUAUUUGUUUGACCCCUUGUUAUUGUCCUUAUGGAGUUUUUUUUUAUAUAAAAGCCAAAUUUUGUUGUAUAUAUUCAUAUUCCACGUGACAGAUGGAAGCACGUCCUAUAGGUGUGAAUAAAAAGAACAGUUGUAGUAAAUUAUUAAAGCCAGUGAUGUUUCACGGCAGGUUACUCUCCAAGCUGUGCUUGUUGAUUUCCCACGACUAUACCGCUUUAAUGUACCAAUAGUUACUGAACUGACGACACCCUCGUUUACACAACAUCUAGGACAGCCUUGCUGAGAACUGCGGUCAGUCCCUCUGUUGACAGCUCGCUCACAAACAGGGUCCUCCCAGGCACCAGGGACAAAGCUACCCGCAAACCAAUGGGAAGUCUUGGCUCUCAGCCAGGGAGGGGGGUCUCACUAGGACCCUAAGGAGGAGCAGAGACAUGAUCUCCACUUGCUGCCUGCACACAACGUGGUGGUGGGAAGUCCAUCAAAGGAUGAGUGUAAGAUGCUGACCAACAGUUCAGGAGCAGAAGGAAUUCACGCUGUGUAAAAGGGUGGAAUUCGUUUGCAAACCCUAGCAAGCCUGUUCGUACUCACCAGGGGGAAGGGAAGGGAGCAUGCUGGUCAGCUGUCGUCUUAGCUGUCUGAGUCUGGCUACACUAUCAUGCUUGGAGAACUGAUUUCAACGCAUUAGAAUAUGAUUUCUGGAUGCACGUAACAUUAGACUCUUCUCUUUUUCUAUGAUAAUUUAGUUAUGGAUGUUCAGCACCUCCGAGUCAUUGUUAUGAAAGAUCAUCGCUGUACCGUGCUGUAGGAGACUAGGCUGAACCUGUACAAUGGUAUACCCUGGAAGUUGCUUUUUUAAAAGAAUAAUAAUAAAUACCUA